AUGGGAUCUUGCUUCUGGGCAAGACACCCCUACGAGAAGAUGGACUAUGAGCCUGUGAUGAAGGAGUUGAUAAACAAGGUUGUUCGGAAGUUCUACGAGCCGCAUCAUGUUGUGAUAAUGGGAAUUCUGCUGAAUGCCACACUUCUAUAUGACAACGAGCUUUGCGAGAGAAUGAAGAUGCUUUCGAAGGAAGUAAACAAGCUGAUCAUCAAGCUAAAGGAGGACAAGAUGAUCAAAUACGAGACAAAAGUUGAGAACAGAGAAAACAACGGGCAAAUACUGCGUACGGUGUACUACAUCAACUAUGCAGAGGUGCGAGAUGUCAUCAAGUACAAGAUCUACAAGAUGACGAAGAAUUUGGAAAACAACAUCAAGAUGGGGCAAGCCGAGGGGUAUAUAUGCAUGGAGUGCAACAAGGAGUACAGCUCGCUUGAUGCACAGGGGCUUAUGGAGAACUAUGUGUUUAAGUGUGAGGAUUGCAAGGGAGAUCUGGCUGAGAACAGAAGGGAUCGAAGUGAAGAUUGCCAAAUGUAUUCGAACUUGAUGUCUGAGCUGGAUGGGAUUGUUAUGCUUCUGAAAGAGACAGACAAGUACAGCAUACCAUCUAUGGAUUAUUUCCAGGUUCUUGAGAUGAAGAAGGACAGAGAAAGUAAGGAUAUGCAUAUGCAGAAGGAAGAGGAGUAUGUGUCGACGCAUCAGGCGGGCGUUGAAGAGCUUGAGCUCGAAAGCCACUAUGCAAAUACUAGCAUGGCAAUUGAAAGCGAGGCCAGCGUAGAAAUAGAUGAGUAUGUGAUGGUGGGUGAGGUUAGAAAGAGGUUUUGUGAUGUGACAGAAGAGGACAAGGAGAAGAUGUCUGAGGAGGAUUAUGAGAAGUAUUACGAGAUAUACUCUAAGUAUUAUGAGCCAGAUGUUUAG